AUGGCUUUUGCGGCCCUCUUCCAGCCGCCGAGUGCGAGGGACUUCCGCCCCCCUGCCCCUGAUGCCUUCGCUUCCCUCUUCACGAAUGUGGGCCCUCCGCCUUUGGAAGAGGAUGCACUAGCGGCCGAUGAGCAAAGUGCAGAAGAGAGACUUCUAACGAGGUCGUCGGAGGCGCAGCAGACGAGACACCCGUUGAGAUUCACAUGUCGAGGCCUUCUCCCUUGGGUGUCAGCUUCAUGUGCCCUGCUGGCUCUGAUCGUGCUGAGCGGACGGAUGCUGGCGCCAAGGGGAAGUUUUCAGGCCUUUCUUUUGGAAGGCUGGGAGCCAAGAUUUCCAACGUGCGAAGAAUUUCCGAACCUCGAUUUUCUUUGGGUUGCUCACAGCAACUUGAACAACCUGGGUCCAGACCGGGGUGCAGAGGGCCUCGUGUACCGCGUCAGAAGUUACAAGGGCGAGCACAUGGAGAUGGUGUUCAACGCGAUGCACGAUUUCAAGGCCUUUGAUUCUAAGAUGUUUGGACUGCAUGGCUUCUAUGGCUCAUUGAAUGUGGUCCCUUGA